CUUGAACUUCAUUGAGGAUGUUCUGCCAUAGGUUUCUGACAGAUGUGACUAUGUUUUUGUCAAUGGCAAAGAAAUGAAAGGCAAGGUGAAUGCACUUGUGAACUUCACCUACCAGUAUCUGAGUGCUCCUCUGCAGAUCACGGUCUGGGUUCCACGCCUGCCCCUUCAGAUCGACAUUUCAGACACAGAACUGAGCCAGAUCAAAGGCUGGAGAGUCCCAGUUGUUUCCAACAAAAGGCCCACCAGGGACAGCGAUGAUGAGGAUGAAGACGAGCGGAAGGGAAGGGGGUGCACCCUGCAGUACCAGCACGCCAUGGUGCGGGUCCUCACCCAGUUCGUGGCUGAGGAUUCCAGCCCCUGGGGCCAGCUGAGCUACCUGCUGGGCUCAGACUGGCAGUUUGACAUCACAGACCUGGUGGUGGAUUUUAUGAAGCUGGAGGAUCCUCACAUUGCCAAGCUGCAGGAGGGCAGGAUCCUGAUUGGAAGGGAAGUAGGAAUGACGACGAUGCAGGUUUUGUCUCCUCUGUCUGACUCCAUCCUGGCAGAGAAGACAGUGACUGUGCUGGAUGACAAAGUGACCAUAACAGACCUUGGAGUGCAGCUGGUGUCUGGGCUCUCACUGUUCCUCCAGCCGAGUGCUGCCAGCAGUCGGGCUAUCGUGGCUACAACUGUUGCCCAAGAGCUUCUUCACACUCCUAAGCAGGAAGCUGUAGUGAGCACCUGGAUCCAGUUCAGUGACAGCUCUGUUACUCCCCUGGACAUUUAUGACCCCAAGGACUUCUCCCUCUCUGCCGUGUCGCUGGAUGAAGGUGUCGUCUCCACCCACCACAGCGCUGCCUUCAGGUGGCCGGUCGUGGCGGCGGAAGGCGAAGGCCAGGGCACGUUAGUCAAGGUGGACAUGAUGAUCUCCGAAGCCUGCCAGAAGUCCAAGAGGAAGAGCGUUCUGGCUGUGGGGAGUGGCAACAUCAAGGUGAAGUUUGGCCAGAACGACGCAGACUCCGAUGCGGGCGGGGAUUACGACGGCGACGAGAUCGAGAACCACGCGAGCGACCGGCGGCACAAGGCGUCGGAGCAGGAGCGCUACGGCCAGGACGGGCGGUACUACGGCGGCUCCUCGGCGGAGAGGGAGGAGGGCUCCGUCAGGAAAGCCAGCACCACGGCAAAGUCCAUCCUGAAAAACAAGGUCCUCAAAAACAACAGGCUGGACGGCGGCAAGCUCUCGGACGACAGCCAGCUGCAGAACAUUCCCAUAGACUUCACCAACUUCCCUGCUCAAGUGGACCUCCCCAAGGGCAGUGCGGGUGUAGAGGACAGCGACCUGGUGCAGACACCCAGGGGCCUUAGUGAUCUGGAGAUCGGGAUGUACGCGCUGCUGGGGGUCUUCUGCCUGGCAAUUCUAGUCUUCCUAAUAAACUGUGCAACAUUUGCACUGAAGUACCGCCACAAGCAGGUCCUGGUGGAAGGACAGACCACCAUGACCCAUUCCCAUGACUGGGUGUGGCUGGGGAACGAGGCAGAACUGCUGGAGAACACGGCAGAUGCGUCGCCUCAGCAGGACGAGCACACGACCAUCAUUGACCGGGGCUCGGGCAGCGAGGAGAGCAACCAGCUCCUCAAUGGCAGUGCUCAGAAGAACAUCCAGGGCCAGGUCCACAGGUGUGCAGACUCGGGGGGCAAGCCGGGGAAGGAACAGAAAUCGGAGGGUUUACAUUCGCCGACAUCCAAACGGAAGCGGGUAAAAUUCACCACGUUCACAACCAUCCCGCCCGACGACGGCUGCCCCACUGUCAACUCAAUCCUGAGUGGCAAUGACGAUGACAUUAAGUGGGUGUGCCAGGAUAUGGACCUGGGGGACUCCAAAGAGAUACGAAACUACAUGGAGAAGUUCAAAGACAAAGUGUAGCUCCUCGCUGGGGUUUUUUUUGGGGGGGGGGUUUAACCACACCUUGAUGCCUUCAGUUCUACAGUAUAUAUUGGGACAGGAGAGGGGGAGGGGAAGGGAUCACCAGGAGAAAUGAUGAGGCAGUUUUUAUAAUCAGGGAAAGAAAUUUGCCAAACUGUCCAUGGUUUGUUUUUGUUUGGUUUUUGUUUUUUUUUUCACUUUGUUUUGGGGUUUUUUUUUUCCAGUGGUUAUUCUGCUACUCAUGGAUUUAGGAAGUGGGAUCUAAAUAGCAGAAAGGAACAGGGAAAUGGUGUGACCAAUAUGAUGAACUGGACAAGAUGAGGUUGUGAAAAUUCAUUUUAUGGGUCAUACAAAUAAUAAUGAUAGUAUUGUUUCAAAGUACCAAAAAAAUAUCUGCAAAAAGAAAUGAGAGAAUAUAAGAGCAUGAAAACAAUAAGCAAGAGACAAACAAUAACUUUUUCUAUUUCCAGUAAAACAUCACAAUUAUGGGCAUAUGACCCACAAGGAGACUUUUUAGAUUGUUACUCAAGCCAUUUCUUUUCAUUCCUUCAUUUGAAGUGAAGAUGUGUCUUUGGCAUUACACAUGAAGGAGGAAGAAAUUACCUGGUAUUUUUAUUUUUACCUUUCCGUUUGUCUUGUAAAUUGAAACAGAAUAUAUUUCCCUCUUGUAUUUUUCUUUUAAAUAUCUUGAAGACAGGAAAAUUUAAAAUUCUUUAAGUUCACAGUGGGCCAAGAACAUCCAAGUUAGCUAUAAAUAGUCUCCUGUCAUUUAAAGAAUUCAAGGGAUAAGUAUUGACUAAUAAUUUCCGUGUGGUGUCUCUUCUGAAAACCUAAGCCUCCAUUUCACCCUUAGCUAGAAAGAUGUUCUGUUUGGAAGAAGUAUUCAUUUUCCUUUCAGGUUUGGAUUGUUUCUUUAGUUGCUCGUUUUAAAUUUCCACAACCAAAGUUCCUACUUUUCACCAAGGGAAGAAGGUGCUGUUUUAUGUUAGCUUUUAGAAGUACCAAGGAUGGGAGCUCCCCACUGGUGCAUUUUAAAUGUACCUGGAACUGAGACCAUCACAGGCCAAAUAUGUACAGCCUGGAUUUUAGUUUGGUUUGUUGUUUUGUUUUUUUUUUUUGCCAAGUUCAUGAAUUCAUAAUUUUGUGCUGUAAUUUUCUGUUUAUUCUAAUGCCACCAGCUCUCAUCAAGCUCUGAAAGCCAGAAGAAGAGUGGACAGAAAGACACUGAUUGCCCCCAAACUUUUAUUUCCUUGUACUGGGAGAGCUGGCCUCUGGACAGACUGUUGGGGAGAGGGAGGGGAAUAUUGCUGAAGCAAGACCAAGAAAUACCUGGAGCUAUUUUAUAGAUUUUUUUUUUAUUUUUUUUUUUCCAUUGGACCAGCUAAGACUGAAAGUUUUAGACUAGAUUGUAAAGCUGAUGUUUUGAAAAAACAAAUACCGACCCAGUAGUAAAUCGGAAGCAAAUACAAAAUAGAGUUUUAAUUCGUGGUGUAAACUGGCAGAACUGUGUUGACUCAGUGCCAGUUCCCAUUAAUGGAGGACACAGAUCAAAAUCUAUACAAUGAGGAAACCACUGUCAUCCAAAACCUCUCCUAACUAAAAGGAAGAUGGUAUACCCAGCCUUUGGAAAGCAGUAUUAUGUCCUGACUGUUAGCCAGAAGCACUUGCAUUGUCCUGUCUUUACCAUGUAUUGCGUUGUUUUGGGGUUUUUUUUUAAUUACUAAACUCAGUAGUUUGUUUUUUGUUUUUUUUUUUACUUGGACAAAAUCAAUCCUGCCACCCAGUAACAUAGAUGGACAUUUUAACAAGAUAUGCCUAGUAUGCAUUGUAGACUGAAAGAAUGUAAUAUUUAUUUAUACAUGUUAUACGAAUUGUAAUUAAAAUGCUUUACAUGGCUUGACAAA